AUGAAGACACCUCAUAUUCUCAGCCCUACGCAGACGGAACUAACAAACAAUGAUGAUGGCCCUAAUGGCUUCGACCUUUUCGACCUUAGUGUUUUGGGAAUCCCAACCUCAACAUCUGGGGCCGAGAUUGAUCCAAUUACAGUAACGAACGACCUUUUGGCGAAUAUUAUUAGCUACGACGAAAACCUGGGUUUUCUCCCUGAAUCAUCCCAAGUGGCAUCUUCAAAGGCACUUGGUGAGGGGUUCACCCUCGAAGCCCAACAUGGCACUUUCACUAGUCCGGCCAUGGCAUCAUCUUCAACUUCGAUAGGCUUCCAGGUUGAACCUUUACUCCCUUCAACGGCUACAGGAAACCAGGUCCAAGGCACCAAUUCAUCGUCGAUAGCAAUCCCCCAGCCAAUCGUACCUACUGAAACACCAAAAUCCCCUGUCUCUCACUCACCCACAUCUCUCUCACCAAAAAAGCGGAAAUCAAAAGUCAAAAAGGUUUACACCUGUACGAGCGACGGUUUCUACACCACUUGCAAUAGGACAUACGGAGAGCACAUGCUUAAAAGCCACAAUAUCAAGCCCUUCGGAUGCGAGAACUGCAAUUUUGGAACCGCCAGGAGUGACAACUUGCUAAUUCACGGUCGUUCCUGCAAGGGCAAACAAAAAAAGGCUGCAAAGAUACCGGAGUUUCCGAAACGGCAGAGGGUCCAGAAGCGAGUAUCGCUGAAGAAUAUACCAGAAUCGAUACCGGAAACCUUGGCGUCAAUGUCGAAGGUUGACGGAUUAGUGGCGCCUCUGGACCCACUCCCUUUAGUUGAUUCUUCCGAAACAGCUUCAGAGAACACUCUCAUGAAGGGCAAUCAAGAGCCAAGUCCCUUACCCCAGAGCCACGCUCCCAACCAGAACUCCGAAUGUCAAUUACCAAAUCUAGAAAGCGGUACAUCUCCAACGAGUCCCAAAGAAACCAAUAUAUGCACAUCCUCCGGCUCUUUCGAAAUUUAUGACCUAAUAGCCAAGAUUGCGACUCUCGAACAGGAAAAAGCUGUUCUCAAGCAAGAGAACAAUACUCUCAGUCAAGAAAACUGUACGCUGAAAGCUGAGAAACGCGCCCGAGAGGUCACAAGUCAAAGAAUCGAAGAACUGGAAGAAGAACUGGAGCAGACCCGAUUUGACCGCGGUGUCUGGCAAAACAAAUGCAGAGAAAUGUGGAAGGUGAGUAGACAGAAAUCGAAAUCGAAAUCGAAAGAGGAACCAUGA